AUGAAUAUAGACCAUUUGGGGUUAAGCCCCUUAGCCAUUUCAGAAGUCAACUUUCUGCAUGAGUCAUCUUCCAGUUCGAAGGACCAUUCUUGGUUCUUAUUUUUAGGCUUCAAACAGGACCAAACUAGCGAGGUUUACGUACCAAUAAAUGAAAAUGAAACUGAUUCCGGGUGGUACGUUGAAAAGGUUAUACCAAUCCCGGUACAUCCAAAUCUUCAAAUCGAUCAAGAGAGUUUGCAAAGAAAGAUAUCUUUGGUGAAAGUCACUCAAAAGGACAUCUGCGUACUUGGUAUAAUAGAUUUAUAUCGAUCUGAUCAUGAUGAAGACAUUGAAAAUGAAGUGAUGGAAAAAAUACUUACCCAAUUGACUCCCCUAUCACUGAUGUAUUUAAUCAGGUACAACGUGUCAUAUCCUCCUGCAUCAUCCGAAGAAUUUAUUAAUAACUUGAAAGGCUUUCGAAUUGAAAACCAGAUCCAAGUAGGCAUGAGAAUAAUCCUUGAAUUCCUACAAGAAAAGGUACAAAUACAUGAUAUGAACGACAAAUACCAAAUCCUCAUACCAGAUAAAGACGUGGAUUUGCACCGCGACGAAAUCCUCAUAUCAGAUAACAACAUGGGUCUGCAUCGCGACGAAUUUAAGCUGAUUGAUAUGAAUGAUCAAGAAAUUAACAUUCAGGAAUAUAACAAUAGUGCCAUUAGAAAACUAAUCGAAAGAAUAAAUCGAAUGAUAAAGUUCUUGGAGAAUUAUGACAUUCAUGAUAACUCCUUCUCCAGUGGUCGAGAUGUUAUACUCCGAAAGAUAUCGAUGUUAAUAACGCAACUACAAAGGGGUGGGACUAAUGAUAUGAAUUACUUAUUAGACAAUAAGGUCAAUGAAAUAAGACUAUUGGAAAUUUCGUGUAAGCAAUGGGAAAUUUCAAACGCAUUAAAAAAAUAG